UUUUCACACCGGAAGUCGAAAAAUCAGCUGAUCGAGGUGUUUUUAAUAGAAGUUGCCGUUGGAAGUGUGAAGGGUUGGGUGUUUUUAUUGUGUCGCGCGGAUGAUAAACACCAGCGGGAACUGAAGGAUAAACGGAGGCACGAGAAGUGGGACUGAAUCCUGAGAGAGCUGGAGCGGUGUGUGAGCAGUCUCUGUGUGUGUGUGUGUGUGUGUGUGUGUUUAAACUCGCUAGCUGUUGAACCUUAGUGAAGAAAGAAAACAAGGCUAGACGAGUCCCUAGAGUGUGUGUUUGUUUGUUUUUUUGUUUGUGUGUUUGUUUAUGCAUUGAAGCCGUUAGAUAUUUGAACCGAGCCUGAGGAGAAACGGCAGUUAACCUAAUGAACAAGCUUCCUUCAUGAGCUGAGAGAGUCGAAUUAGUAACGUUACACCAGAGCGAAGACAAUAACACGGGGUGUUUUUCAGUUCAGGAGGGCGACCAGGUUGCACAAUCUCUGAGUGUGUGUGUGUGUGUGUGUGUGUGUGAUGUUGGUAGUGCUCGAGUUCAGAGUGUCUGUGUGCAUGAUAAACAUUUCUCCUCAACAGCUGGACUGAUUGCCUUUUCACAGAAUAGUCAGAGGAAAGACAUCCUGUCCUGUUUAAGUUUUAAGUGUGAUGUUAUAGCUAUUUAUACCAAUUUUCUUUGUAAAUAUGUAUUUCUAAGCAAGUGUGUUUGCAUUCACACGCAAGUAUUUUCUUAUUUCCUGUAUUUAUAAGUAUGCAGACACUGUGGAUCCGCGGAUAGCAGAGUUAAAGAUUAGGUUUAAACUGAAAAUCGUGUUUAAAACUUUAAUGUGGCCUCAGAUAGAAGGGCAGGUGAGACUGACACUGGUGUGACAGCGGUUUUAGUAUUGUAGUUAGUGUGUGUGUGUGUGUGUGUGUGUGUGUGAGGAGAGAGAGAGGGGGGAAAGGUCCAGCUCUGGCCCAGUCCGAGAAGCCCGUUGAAAACCCAAUGCUGGAUCUGGAGGUGGUUCCUGAGCGCUCUUUGGGAAAUGAACAAUGGGAAUUCGCAUUAGGAAUGCCAUUGGCCCAGGCCAUCACCAUCUUGCAGAAGCACUGCCGAAUUAUCAAGAAUGUCCAGGUGCUCUACAGCGAACAAAUGCCACUCAGUCACGACCUCAUACUCAACUUGACUCAGGAUGGAAUUAAACUACUGUUUGAUGCCUGCAAUCAGAGACUGAAGGUUAUUGAAGUGUAUGACUUGAGCAAGGUGAAGCUGAAAUACUGCGGAGUACAUUUUAACUCUCAGGCAAUAGCACCCACCAUAGAGCAGAUUGACCAGUCCUUUGGAGCUACUCAUCCAGGAGUGUACAAUGCUGCAGAACAGCUCUUCCAUCUGAACUUCCGAGGUCUCUCAUUCUCCUUCCAGUUAGACUCAUGGAGCGAAGCCCCAAAAUACGAGCCUAACUUUGCCCAUGGCUUGGCCUCCCUGCAGAUUCCUCAUGGGGCUACAGUGAAGAGGAUGUACAUUUACACUGGAAACAACCUUCAAGAAACAAAGGCUCCUGGAAUGCCCCUGGCCUGUUUUCUCGGUAAUGUGUAUGCAGAGAGUGUGGAUGCUCUGAGGGAUGGAACAGGACCUCUGGGUCUCAAGCUGCGCAUCCUCACUGCAGGCUCUGGCCCAGGAGUGUUGGCUGAUGCAAAAGUGAGGGCAGUAGAGAGGAACAUCUACUUUGGUGAUUCGUGUCAGGAUGUUCUGAGUGCUCUGGGCUCUCCGCAUAAGGUUUUUUACAAGUCUGAGGACAAGAUGAAGAUCCACUCUCCUUCUCCACACAAGCAAGUCCCGUCCAAGUGUAAUGACUACUUCUUCAACUACUUCACCCUGGGAGUGGACAUACUAUUUGACUCCACAACCCACCUGGUGAAGAAGUUUGUUCUUCACACCAAUUACCCUGGCCAUUACAAUUUCAACAUAUACCACAGAUGUGAUUUUAGGAUCCCACUUAUCAUUAAAAAAGAUGGACUUGAUGCUCAGGAGGAAGACUGUAUCCUCACUACCUACCACAAGUGGGAUCAGGUCCAGGAGUUGUUGGGACACCCUAUGGAAAAACCAGUGGUGCUUCAUAGGUCUUCAUCUGCUAAUAACACCAAUCCCUUCGGAUCGACCUUCUGCUACGGGCUGCAGAGGAUGAUCUUCGAGGUGAUGCAGAAUAACCACAUAGCAUCCGUGACCCUGUACGGAGCCCCCCGUCCUGCCAGCCUUCCACGUGCCGAGUCAAGCGCUCACUGAGAUUCCCGUCCUGCCCGGUAGGGUCUACCAGCGCAGCGUGCCUUCCCUCACUGCUGCCACCACAAAAGCUUAAGAGCCGCGUUCUGGGAGUUUCUCAGUCAUUGUCCUGCAUCUGUCUGCCGCUCACUAGAAGGCCUGUCCUCCCUCGUUCUUUUAUAGAAACACCAGACUGCAUUGCUUCUUUCUCUCUCUCCUCUGUCAGUGUCAGCAUAAGACACAAACACACACACACACACACACAAAUAAGCAUCUCACACACAUUUGACAGGCUUAGAGAAGCUGUUAAGGUUUUAUAUUGCUAAAAUCAUUCUACACAAGAUACAGACCUUCCUCUGGAGUGGAUGUAACCCGCAUUUUAUCACACAUCACAUUCUUUAGACACACAUUCUCUUCAUUUCAUUACAGCAGUGAUGGCGCACACAGCUAACUGAUAAAUACAGCUCUGGGAAAAAAAUAAGAGACCACUGCAAAAUAAUGCAUGUGCAUGUAUUGGUGACAUGAACAAUUUUGUUUAAUUUUUUCAUGAACUGCCGACAAUAUUUUAUCUAAAUUCAACAAAACAAAAUAUAACUGUUAUUUAGAGUGUCUAUUUAAAGAAAAUGACGUCACAACACAUCAAAAUAACCCCAGAUCAUGCAGUAUUUGCAGUGCUUUAAUAACUCAAACAAAACAAAAUGCAAAUGUAAACAAAUUGUGUUAAUGCUUUGGCUAAAUAACAUCUUUAGUAUUAAAUUAGUAUUUGGUGGAAUAACCUUGAUUUGCAAUUAUAGCUUAAAUGCAUUUUGGCAUGCUCUCCACCAGUUUUACACAUUGCUGUUGGGUAACUUUAUACAACUUAUUUUUGCAGGAAGCUAAACAGAUCAGCUUUGCUUGAUGGUUUGUAACCAUCCAUUUUCCUCUUAAUGAUAUUUCAGUUUUUUGGAGUAAAUUGCAGUGGUCUCUUUUCUUCAGCCAGAGCUGUAUGUGGCACAGUGGCAGCCACUGCAUGACUAAAGUGUUGCUUUUUUUUUGUUUUGUUUUGUUUUUAAAGGUCUGUGUGUUGUACAUUACUACAAGCACAAAUUGGUUGCCCAGCGAUGGUGUGUCAGUGCUGUGAAGGUUUCCUUGGCACAUACAGACACAAGUGUAUACACACAGCAAAGGUCUUUUUCCCUUUGUGAUGCCGUGCGGUGCUAAAUCUUCAGUUUAGCGUUCAGUCGGUUACCCAUCAUAUUUGUGUGCUGUUUUUAAAAUAAAGCAUAGAUUUUAACAUUUGCACUAAACAUGCAGCAUACGUACUUGACAAGUGACUUUUUGACAACUUUCCUCUGAGGACCUUUGGAAUUAUUAAGUGUGUGAGGGAGAGAUAAUGUUCGAGUUCGAGAAGGCAGAGAAACAUUGCUUUUCAAACUCUUAAUUCAGCCCUCCUAAUUUCCGUGUCUCACAGGCUUUCUACGUUCUACUCUCCUUUUCACCAUGUUUGUGAAUUUGAUCUCAUAAAUGUUCUUUGUCAUAAAUCUUGAUCCUUUUUUAAUUUGCCAAAACAUUAGCCAAAGAAGAAAGACUUUAAGAAGAAAGACAGAUUACCAGAAAGUUAAAAUCUUUUUUUUUUUUUUUUUUGGUAACUCCCAAUGAAUCAUUAUUAUUGUUAUUAUUAUUACCAUUAUAUACUCUUGUAUGCUUAUUUAAAGGUAUUGUAGUAUUAGCUAUCCUAUCCUAUGUUGCUUUGUUCUAUUCUUUUGGUUUUUAGUCUAUAGAGAGGUCUGGUGGUGUUUCUGUUCCAGACAGACAUGAGGUUUUCCACGGCACUCUGCUGCUGUGUCCGUUUAUGUACAGAUCUGUAAAUAGUGCAUUCUUAUUCAUGGUCUUGUCCUUUUAAGCUCAUGGUACUGUGUGGGUUCUGAUCAGACUGAGUUUUUAAACCUAGGGGGUUCAGACACUGGGAGAUGACGUGUGAUGAUCGCUGUGCUUACAGGAUUUUCUUUUAUCUUUGUCUAAAUAAGAAGAGUCCCAUAUUUGUUAAUGGUUCCCUUGCUAAAUAAAACACACCUGAAUCACCUCAUCAUUUCAUUACCAGGUUUAGAGUUAUGUUUAACAAGGGAAACCGUUACCACGCUGCAGUCUGACACUCUAGGUUCCUUUUUUUUUUUAAAAGUUAAGUCCCACCCACAAUGGCAAUUCCUUCUCGGUAGAAAUGUGUCAUGUUUUCCUUUGUAUCAGGAGUGUUAGCCUCCACCGAACAAAUCUUUGCAACUCCGGCUUCUGCAGCAUGUGAUGGCUUAUUGAUCGGUUUUAAAAAAGUUCUCAGUUUUACCCAACUGCUUACAGCAAGUUCCACACUAAGGAAAAAAAAAAGGAAAAGCUGGAACCUCUGUUAACGCUGUCAUCCCUGAGCAUGCUUGGCUUAAGUGUAAAUGAAAGGAUCUUAACUGCUUUUAUGUAUGUAAGCAUGUACAGCUAAACUCCGAUGGACAGUCUGUUAUCGCUGUCUUGCAAAAAAAAAAAAAAAACUACAUGAGUAUGUACAAAAUAUAAAAUGUCAUGAAGGGCUUAGGAAGUCACAAAUUAAAGUUAAAAAUUCACUGGUACAGCCGUGGAAAUUUUGUUUACCUGUAAUGAGACAUUUUUACAUUCGUCGCACCAGAUUUUUCCCAGCAGGUCAUUCAGGCAGUUCUUCAGGACUCGCUGGUCACUCUUGCCGGUUGUGGUGUUUCAGCAGAACCAAACAAGCACUUUCAUAGAUUCUAGCUGGCGUUCCUAUGGAUAGUUUUUACAUUCAUACAAGGUUAUUUUUUUUACAUGCACAGUCUCAAGUUAAGAAAUUCAUCAAGAAAAUACUGAAAAGUCAUGCGGAUUAGAAAACAUUAGGAGAGAGCAGUGUGAUGGGCUGACUAACUGCCCAAUCUCAGGUGGACCUUUUAGUUUUUUUUAAGCCGGGAGCAAGCGAGUGCUUAAUUUUCAUCGACAUCCUCAAACCCAAUUUUGACUUUAUGCUUAUGUUGCGUUGGAAUGAUUCAGAUUUUGCUCAGUGUAAUGCACAUGUAAAUGCUAUGUAUUGUGGUCCGGACAUGUUGUAUGUUUUCAUCCCACUUCCUCCUCCAAAGUGACUAUUUUUUGUGACUUCAGUAUAUUUGGCCCAUUUCUGGAAAUGGGAGUCUUAAUUAAACAUUGUGAAUCUUGAUUCAUUGCAAUGUGGUGUUUUGUAUUUCACAAGUAACACUUAGAACGUUGCUAUUUAUCAGUCGUAUAUAUAUUUUGUUUUCAUUUGUGUUUAAAGCAAUAAAUCUAGCUGUGGUAAAUAAUUCAUUGAAAGGGCCAGCUAUAAGCUUAACAAGGCCUUUGAACCCAUGCAAAAAUGCUGUGACUAGUUUUUCUAUUGUCUAGUCUACUGAAAGCAUGACAUUUGCAAUUUUAUAAAAUGCAUUAACUUUUGUUCAUUAAACAUUGUUACAGUGUGUUUAGCAAGAAUAAUAUGUGAAGACUGGAUGUAAUAAAUAUCGGCAAAAUUGU